AAAGUUGGAUUUGAACUUGCGAGGUGGGAGAUUUUGUCGGGGGUGAUACGAGGGUGGAUGUGCUGUGGGUACCCUGGGAAAGGAGUGCGGCUUGGAACAGGCAGCUCUGGGGUACAAUAGGGGUUUGGGGAUUUUCUCCCCUGCUUCCUCGUCCUGCCCUGCACCAUGGAUAUAAACGCGGAGAGAGAGAAGAUCCAGAGGGAGAUAGAAGCGCUGGAGCGCAGCUUGGGACCCAGUAUCGCUUCCAUCGAAGUGGCGGUGUCCGACUCCAGCUUCGAUUCCGACGAGGAUGAUCCUGAUACAGACGACAACUUUAAUGAAGAUCCGGAAGAGGAGGAAGAGGACUGGGAGGAUGGAGGCGGCACGGCCGAGAUGUGCCUACAGAUGAACCUGGUGUACCAGGCCGUGAUUGAAGAGAAGAUUCAGGAGGUGGAGCUUCUUAUUGCCCAGAAUAAGGAGCAGCAGGACGAGAUUAUGUGGGAGAUAGCUGGGCGCAAGUACCAGAAACCCGGAGACAAAGUGCAGCCAUUAAACCUCUCCAUUGGGCACUUCAUGAAGCCCUACUUUAAGGACAAAUUCAUGGGAAUGGGCCCUCCUUCCAACCCCGACAUGCAAGACCGCGCUGUGCAAGGAAUCAAGUCCUAUGAGGUGUUUGCCACCCCAAAAUGGACAAGCACACAUCAGACAGAUCUGAAGCAAGCAGUGAUCAGCGACACCUUACAGAGGCUGAUGCAGCCCAAAAUACUGAAGCUGGAAUAUCUGCAGAAGAAAUUUGAUGAAACAGAGAAUAGCGUUCAGAAGAAGAUGCUGGAAAAGCAGAUGCGGGAGACUGAACAAGAGCUAGCUGAUAUAAACCAGCUUCCGGAAGAGUCCCUGCUCGGGAAGAGAACAGACGACCAUGACUGGGAUAAAAUUUGCAAUCUCACUUACGGAGGCCUUCACACUGCGGAGAGGCUGAAGAAGAUGUGGCAGAAUUACGAGCACCCAAGCAUCUCUAAGAAAGAAUGGGACGGGGAGGAAAUAAAGAAACUGGUGGAGAUAGCCAAAACCCAUAAUUAUGUCAACUGGGAAGCAAUUGCUCAGGAACUCGGGACCAACAGAACCGCUUUCCAGUGCCUUCAGAAAUACCAGAGCUGCAAUACGAAUUUCAAGAGGAAGGAAUUCUCCAAGGAAGAGGAUGAGAUGCUGACCCAGUUAGUCCAGAGGAUGCGAGUUGGGAACCACAUACCAUACAAGCGAAUUUCCUACUUCAUGGAAGCCCGAGACUCCAUGCAGAUCCUUUAUCGCUGGUCUAAGAGUCUGGAUCCCGCCAUAAAGAAAGGGCAUUGGACAAAGAGUGAAGAUGAGUUGCUGCUGAAAGCUAUAGGGAAACAUGGCGCCAAGAACUGGUACAAAAUCCAGUAUGAGGUUCCCGGGAGAAGCGACGUCCAGUGUAGGGAAAGAUACAUAAAAGGCUUGGACGAGGAUGUCAAGAAGGGAAAAUGGAGCCCGGAAGAAAAGCAGAAGCUUCUGGACCUUACUGAAAAAUACGGAGUUGGUCACUGGGCAAAAGUAGCCAAGGAGCUGACACAUCGGACUGGUUCCCAAUGUCUAAGCAAAUGGAAGGGACUGAUGGGAUACUUCAAGAGCAAAAGGCAGAAGAAAGCCAAAAUUCCAAAAAUCAGGAAGACAGUGACCAAGGGAACCCACGACUCGGAGGAAAGCACCAGCACCCUCAGCAGCAGCAGCAGCAGUGACGAGGGCGAAUUGGAGCUAAUAAACUCCGAAGAUGAAAAGAAGGUGUGCCGCCUCCCAGAGCCAAAGGUCAAGAUCACCCCCUCCUUAGCUAAGUGGAUCCCUCGGAGGCAGAUAACGCCUGUUUCAGGGAAGACGCUCAUCACCCCAUCGGCAUAUGCUGCCUGCACCAAACAAGCGCAGUUGAAAAAAUGCAAAACGAGCAAAGAGCGCUCUUUUCAGUUCAACACCUUGCUCAAAGGUAUCGCCUACCCCCAUUCCACAGACAGGGUGCUGGACGACCGGCAGGAAAUCCUUACAGAGUCAGCAGUACAAGGGCGGCAACUUCUGCUGGUUGAGGAGGAUGACGUGAGAAGGAUUCUGCAGAAGAAUAGCGAUCGUUUUCAAGAUAAGUUGUUAUCAAGAAUCAACAUCGCAACGUUUUCUCAUCAGCAGCUGAAACGGGAGCGCAGGGUGGAUCUCUACCGAAAUUCUGUAGACAGAAAGCUGCUUCUGGCAGUGACACCGUGGGUCGGAGAUGUGCUCCUUCCCAUAACUACCAGCCAAGGGAGGACAUUUAGGAAAGGAACACAAGUGGAAAUUGUAAAACAGAAGCUCCAGUCUCUGACUCUUAACAGCACCCCUAUUUUCACCUUCCUGAUCCAAUUCUUUCGGAUAGACGCCGACGGUUGCCUCAAAAUAAUUCGUGAUCGGAGAGCAAAGCAGCUUGUUCCUACCGUAAAACAGAACGCCAUUAAGAAGAUCCCGCCUACCCCAACCCCGGCGAUUUCCACCAGCAAGUUUGUCCCAAUUCAACCUUCCAAGACUCCGAGGAGGCCAAUAAUAGAGAGACCUCGGCCACCGCCACCCAAACCCAAGACGGUGAUGGAGCUUCUACGUGAGAAGAGAAUGCGGGAAUCUAACGCCAAGAAUACCGCCGCGCAAAACGCAGUUGUCCUGUCUCCCAACCUUCUGGUCCCGCGAUCCAUUGUGAUCAACCCGCAGCCCAGCGCAUUGGGAAACCAGCAAGCCGUGGUGCUGCCGUUGGCUCCUCCAACACCGGAGAAAGGCGUCUGGCCGCUUAUGCCUUUUAUUCCGAUACAGGCCGGGCAGAUACCCCCGAAAGGCAAUGCUUCUGUCAACCCAGUGCCAACCAGUCCCCUUAAAUCUGCAAGUGAACCCGUUGCAGGAAACGCGUUGCCCGGUACUCCUAUAGGUGUAAAGCAAAUUACUGGUAAUGAAGCCACUACUCCAGCGACUCCCGGGCAGCCCCCGCUGCAGCCUUCCAUUACAGUGCUGCCGACGGUGUUGAGUCCCGGCGUAAAUAACAGUGGACCUGUGCCCUUCACUUUGGUGGUGACUCCCCACGGAGUGGUCUCGGUGCCGCUUCAGGCCCUCGGUUUCCCCGCACAGGUUCCGGCAUCGCUGAACACAAACGGCGGCGGUAAUUUAGGAGCAAGUUCUGGUAGCGUCCAAAAUACAGCGGUAACCACAUCCUCCGAGUCAACUACCAACGACGGUGAGGGAACAAAUCCAGAGUCAAACCAGAGUGAGGCCAUUUCUACGCUUGCUCAGAACCCACAUAGCAACCAUCAUCAGGUGAAACCGGGCCAGUCGAAAACACAGUCGAUCCUAACGCCAAAAAAGUAUCCCGUGGUAAGAAUAGCGAAACUCCUGCCGUCGAGUCAAGGUGCGGCGACGGUUCCCCCAGCUGGAAAGCAAACCAGGCCAUCGUCGCCGAAUGUCGCCGCACCAAGUCCGGUACCGACCGCGGAUAAGAAAGUCAUGGACUGGAGCCUCGUGUCUCUGGAAGAAGAGGGGGAAGCCAAGGAAUGGUUCCGGGGGGCAGAGGGUGUCAAAGUGCCGAGGCUACCGAAAGACAUGCCUUAUUUGCCCCCGUCGGCUUGCACGCUCAAAACCCUCUCCAACCUUCUGCUGCAGAGAAGCGACUUGGAAGAAAGCGCGUUCAAACUGGUUCCGUCCGUGGGGGGCGAAAGCGAGCCAACGCCUGCCGAAAAGACCGAGAUCCUGCGGGGCCUGGUGGACAGGAAGUUAAAGGAUAACCCGGGGUACCUAAUGCUCAAACAGCGCUUUCUCUCCGCCUUCACCGUGCCGGGCUUGCUGGCUAGCUUACACCCCGGCCAGGCCAAGAAGGCAGUCGCCAAUAUUACCAUAAAGAGCGAGGACAGCGACGAAGAAACGGACGACUCGGCGGAUGAAGAACACAGCGCCUGUAACGAACCACAUUCCACCGCCAGCUAUCCGGAACCCCCGGCUGGCACAGAACCGGAAGGCUCCCCCGAGAAUCCCGACAGCCAGGAGGCAUCUGACUAUACAGUAACCUCUCACAUGACUACAAGGAGGAGGGCAAGGAAGCGAACUUAUUACUGCACGUAAAACUCUGCAGAUACCACAACGACGUGCACUCAUCAAAGGGGAUCUUAUAGGACCUGCAGCGUCAGCCACCCCCCCCUCCAGCGGUUGGACGGCUCGAAAGGAAACCUGUUAACCCUUUAUGUGCUGCAAGAGUGACGUACAGAAGUCCUAUAAUGGAUGCCGGAAGCACUAGUCACUUGUCAAUGAUGUUUUUUUUUUCACGGCAGACUGGAAACGUAAAACGAUUUGCCAUAAAAAAAACAAAACCAAAAACAUUUCCCACUUCGUUCCAAGAGGAACGUGAUUAUAAAACCAGCCGCUUACACUGUGUGUAUAUAGGGCCAAUCCCUGCGCGGCGUGUUUGUCAUGUGAUAAGGGAAGUCGGCCUCGCGUGUUCGUUCUUUCAAGCACAAAAGCAUGGAUAUUUAUUUACUGCUAUUUUAUAUGUUCUUGUAAAGAUAAGUUCUGCUCUCUGUUCAGCUUCCUUUUGUGUCGCUCGGGGUGGAACUUGAACCGACUGAUUAAAAAGAGCUAAUGUAUUUUCUCCGUUAA